GCUUCUGCUGGAUUAUUUAGAGUGAGUUCAUCUCUUGAAAGCCUUUCUAACAGGCAAGAAAGGCAUCCUUUUGCGAAGCAAGAAAGACAUCUUUUUGUGGAUGGUCGUUAUAUUACAGUGGCUUGGAAAAGCGUCAAGAAUAAGCAAACCCAAAUUCAUUUAUGA